AACAAUUCUUAUCGUAAAUUACAAAAAAAAAUUGUAAUGGGUUAUUAAAUCAAUUACUUAAAUUCCUUCGCAACACUUACAAAAAUUAUAAAUAAAUUCUAAGUGCGACCUUAUUGACCUUCGAACGACUUUGUUAUUAAAAAAACGUAAUAAUCGUUCCAUAUCUUUUAUAAUAAAUAGAAUCGUUUAAAUAACUUAUUCGUCCUUUAAUUGUAGCACAAUAAACGUUGGAUUCAGUCAAAAAUUUUGAAAAGUUAAAAACUUCUUAAAAAUGAAAUUAACGAAAAAUACGGUUCCAACAAAGCCAAUUCCCGGCCAAAAACCCGGUACGAGUGGGUUACGGAAGAAAGUGAAGGUCUUUAUGGAAGAGAAUUACACCGAAAAUUUCGUUCAAUGCGUUUUAACCUCAUUGGGGGAUAAAUUAAAAGGGUGUAGUCUCGUGGUUGGCGGAGACGGCCGAUUUUACACCAAAGAAGCAGUCCAAAAAAUCCUAAGAAUUUGUGCAGCAAAUGGGGUUAAAAAGGUUAUGGUGGGCCAAAACGGGUUAUUAUCAACCCCGGCAGUCUCAAACAUAAUCAGAACUUACAAACUUUUAGGUGGGAUCGUUUUGACCGCUUCUCAUAACCCCGGUGGAAUAAACAACGAUUUUGGGAUUAAAUACAACAUAGAUAACGGAGGCCCAGCUCCGGAUGCUUUAACAAAUUUAAUUUAUGAGUUAUCGAAAGAAAUUAAAGAAUACAAAGUUUGCGCCGAUUUAAAAUGUGAUAUUGAUAAAUUAGGGGUGUAUCAAUUCGAUGUUGAAAAUGAUGAAUUUAUCGUUGAAGUGAUUGACUCAACUCAAGACUACAUCAAUUUAAUGAAGGAAAUUUUCGACUUUAACAAGCUUAAAGGGUUGUUAUCUGGUUCAGAACAUAAUCCGCCGUUUAAAAUUCUCCUUGAUUCAAUGCACGGGGUAACCGGUAUUUAUGUCAAGAAAAUUUUUAUCGAUGAAUUACAAGCCAAACAAGAUAACGUAACUAGAAUAAACACCUUAGAAGAUUUCGGAAACAUCCACCCAGAUCCUAACCUAACUUACGCAAAAGAAUUAGUAGAGAAGUUACAAAAAGAUGAUAGUUACGAAUUAGGGGCUGCUUUCGAUGGGGAUGGAGAUCGCAACAUGAUUUUGGGGAAGAACUCCUUUUUUGUAACACCGAGUGAUAGUUUAGCUGUAAUCGCAAAUAAUUUAUCUUGUAUACCGUAUUUUAAAAAGAACGGUGUAAAGGGAUUCGCUCGCUCGAUGCCAACAGCUGGAGCCGUGGAUCUCGUAGCUAAAAAAUUGCAAAAAGAAUUCUUCGAAACCCCAACGGGGUGGAAAUAUUUCGGAAAUUUAAUGGAUGCGAAACGAAUGUGUUUAUGCGGCGAAGAAAGUUUUGGGACCGGCUCAGAUCAUAUCCGAGAAAAAGAUGGAAUUUGGGCCGUAUUAGCUUGGCUGAGCGUAAUCGAAAAUAAAGCGAUGAGUGUUGAAGAGAUCUUAAACGAACAUUGGAAAGAAUUCGGGCGAAAUUAUUUCACGCGAUAUGAUUACGAGAACGUUUCAAGCGAAUCAGGAGAUAAAUUAAUGGGGUAUUUAAAAGAUUUAAUCUCGGAAACUAAAGAAAAAGUGUUCAAGAAAGGUGACAAAACAUUCCGGGUGAAGUUAAUGGAUGAUUUUAAAUACGUCGAUCCCAUCGAUGGCAGCUUAGCUUUGAAUCAAGGGAUACGAAUCCUGUUCGAAGAUGGAUCGAGGGUUAUUUUUAGGUUAUCCGGAACUGGAAGUAGUGGAGCUACGGUUCGAUUAUACGUCGAUAGUUACGAAAAAGAUAAUUAUAAAGGGAAUGCUCAAGAUAUGUUGAAGCCGUUGGUCGAAAUCGCUUUGAGUAUGUCGCGAUUAGAAGAAUUCACCGGGAGAAAAUCACCAACUGUUAUAACAUAGAGAAAAUUAUUUUGUUUUGAUUAAGAAUAUAUUUUAUAUUAAUAUACAAAUAAUACUUUU